GGGAAACUGAGCCUCAGAGGCGCGAGUGGUUCACGAGUUUGCAUAGCAAGUUCGAGUUGCAGCUGGUUGGCCUUGCCCACGCCGGGGUCUCCCGUAUUUAGCUCAGGCCAUGUGGCCCCGCCCCCUGCUUGUGAUGAGGGCGAUCACUUUAAGUGCGAAGGUGGGGGCAAGGAGGAGGUUUUAAGAAAAUCUGCCUUUCAAGAUGGCGUCCCAUUAAUCACGUGCCGAGUCGCGGCGAGCGAUUGGCUCUCAUAGCCCCCGCGGGGCGGAGCUCUUGGCUGGGCUGCCGCGGGCAGCAGCCGGCUACUGUUUGCCGGAACCUCCCGGCGCGCCCCCGCGAGCCCCCCUCCCGCCCGGCGCGCGACCCCGCCGCUUCGAAUGUUGUGAAUCAAAUGUGGGGUUUGUUACAUUCCGCUGCCGCCGCGGACAGUUCUUAAAGGGCCAGCCGCCUGCAGCUGCGCAAACCCGGCUGCGUCCUGCGCCGCCUCCCGCUCCCGGAGGGCCUGGGCUGAGAGGCAGACCGCGCGUGGGCCUCGCGAGGCAGACGCCGGCGGACCGACAACAAAGAGAGAGCCCCGGAAGGAGCUGGACUGCCCCCGGACCGGGGGGGUGGGGAGGGGAGCACAUUGUUCCGCAGGGCGGGGGCUCUUAAAGGGUCCAGCAGCCCCCCUCCCCUCUGUCCAGCUUGGCCGUCCUAGAUCGGGAACAAAGGAGCCAACGUGUGGCCUGGCGGCCCAAGCAGGACUGUCGGCUCCCAGGAUCUCCGAGGUCAGUUAGAGCAGAGGUGCCCAAACCUGGCUGUGCCAUAGAAACUGCUGGGGAAUUUGGGUUGUGAGCCCUGGCCCAGCCCCUCCACCCCUCUGCCACCCCUGAUGCGACCAUGGGCUCUGGCAGUGACUAGGUGGCCACCCUCUGCCCCUGUGGGUCAGCGGCGAUUCUCUGUAGGACCCGGCACUACCCCGGGCCAGCUCCGGGGAAGUCCUACUGGGGCCUCCUCUCUGUGGUGCAGCCCCAGCCGCGAGGGCCCCCUGGCCAGCCUGCCUGCCCAGGAUGAGCGCUUACCCUCCCAGCAGCCACCACCCCGACCACCACACCUCCCUGUAGAGGAGCACCGAGCCUCGGCUCCUGCCGGCAGGAGCCCCCGAAUGCUGCACCCAGCCUCCCAACAGAGCCCGUUCAUGGUUGAUCUCCACGAGCAGGUGCACCAGGGACCUGUCCCUCUGUCCUACACAGUCACGACAGUGACGACCCAAGGCUUUCCCUUGCCUACAAGCCAACACAUCCCUGGCUGCAGUGCCCAGCAGCUCCCAGCAUGCUCCGUGAUGUUCAGCGGGCAGCACUACCCCCUCUGCUGCCUCCCACCCCCGCUGAUCCAGGCGUGUACCAUGCAGCAGCUCCCCGUGCCCUAUCAGGCCUACCCUCACCUCAUCUCCAGUGACCACUACAUCCUGCAUCCCCCACCGCCAGCCCCACACCCCCAGGCUGCCCACAUGGCACCUCUUGGGCAGUUUGUAUCGCUGCAGGCCCAGCACCCGCGGAUGCCUCUGCAGCGGCUUGACAACGAUGUGGACCUGCGGGGGGACCAGCACCCCUUGGGGAGCUUCACCUACUCCACCUCUGCCCCAGGCCCAGCCCUGUCCCCAUCUGUGCCCCUGCACUACCUGCCCCACGAUCCACUGCACCAGGAUCUGUCCUUCGGUGUGCCAUAUUCCCACGUGAUGCCACGGAGACUGAGCACUCAGAGAUACCGCCUGCAACAGCCGCUGCCCCCACCACCCCCACCGCCACCCCCGCCACCGUAUUACCCCAGCUUCCUGCCCUACUUCCUCUCGAUGCUGCCAAUGUCACCAACAGCAAUGGGGCCCACCAUCAGCCUGGAUCUCGAUGUGGAUGACGUGGAGAUGGAGAACUAUGAGGCCCUCUUGAACCUUGCAGAGCGGCUAGGAGAUGCCAAGCCCCGAGGCCUCACCAAAGCGGACAUCGAGCAGCUCCCAUCGUACCGCUUUAACCCAGACAGCCAUCAGUCAGAGCAGACACUGUGUGUUGUCUGCUUCAGUGACUUCGAGGCACGGCAGCUGCUGCGAGUCCUCCCCUGCAACCAUGAGUUCCACACCAAGUGUGUUGACAAGUGGUUAAAGGCUAACCGGACGUGUCCCAUUUGCCGGGCCGAUGCCUCCGAGGUGCCCAGGGAGGCUGAGUGAGGCUCACAGCUGCCCAGGAUAACCCUGCCCGAAGCUCUGGAAGCUUGGGUUGGGGGACCUGGGGAGGACGGGGAGGGAGUGGCCCAGGCCUGCCCCGUCACUCCCGCCUGCAUCUCCAGAGCUGGUGCCAGGUCAGCCCCAAGAGAAGUCCCUGCAAUAAGCCCCUGCAUUUGCCAAGCUCCAAAGACUCCUGUCCCAAUCUGCCUGCCAGUCUGCCCACCACGGAGCUGCCUGAGUUUCCUUCACUCAGUCUCCCUCCUGUUUGCCCUCAAGUCUGUCUCCUUUUCCUGCCAGCCCUGGGAGCCAGGAGUCCAUCCCCUCACCCUCGACCCCAAGUGCAUCUGGGGGAGAUCCUCAGCCCCAGAAUGGGCAAAGGGGGCUCCAUCCUGGGUUGCCUGGUCUCUUGCACUGAAAUGGUAUGCUGCUUGCGGACAGAGGGUAGCAUGAGGCCAUUUCCCAGGCCUGGGUCCUCCUGCCUUCACCCCAGACUCAGGCAGCCAGCCCUACCCAGGCUGCUGUGAGGGUUGGCUCCCUCAAGGACCCUCACCCCAGUCACAACAUUCCAGCCCACCCCCAGGCUGGAGGGUAUCAGGGCCAGCCUCCUGAGCAGAUGGGAGACAGGCCCUGAGCUGGGGUGGCCUGUGAACUGAGAGGGCCUGGGCCAUGCAGGGGAGACGUGACCUCCUGUGUUCCUGGCGGCCACCCCUUCCUGGCAGUGACGGCAGCCAGACACACGCCCAAUCUCCCCUUUCUGUUGUUUUGCAUGAAUGUGAGGAGCAGCAGUUUUUGUUUAUUCAUUUGGCCCAAAAUCGCGUGUAGGAUUUGGGGGUGUGGAUUUUUAAAUAAUUUGUUUCCUUUUGGUUUAAUGGGGGAUAUAGGGACCAACCAGGACCAAGCGCCCAGGGGCCGGGAAUGGUCUGGUGGUGCCACCUGGUCUGCAUGCAUGUGUGCGGCUGGGGCUGGGCUGGGCAGCUGGCAGUCAGGGCUGGGGUUGGGGGGUGGUCUGUGCUCAGCUGAUAACUGCCAUGCACUGUACUGCACACGUCCCCAGAGCCUACCGGGACCGUACGCUUUUCAGGGCAUUUCUCCCUCCAGCCAGGGCCUAUCUCCCACCUGACGGGGCAAGUCUCCUCCAAGGAAGUCCCAGGAGGACAGGGACCAGGGAGGGCGUGGACCCCACCUCCAGGGGCCCCCUCCCAGCCUGAGCCCUGCCCUCCAAGGUCUGGAGGAGGUCCCCGGUAGGGUCUGGCUGAGCUCCCAUCUUCUCUUUCCCUAGUCCCAUUCCUUUCCUGUCCUACCCCCAGCUGGGGUUGCUGCCCCGAACGAACCGCGUGUGGGGCCGGCACAUCCUAGCAGGCAGCCCCUGGCGCCUGCUGCCUCAGGGAUGCUCCAACCACCCUCGUUCUCCCUGCAGCGGCCCUGGCUCCCUGCCUCCCCUCAGCCUGCCAUGGGGCCCCAUCAGCCUGGCCCCACCCCCAUGGAGAACCCAAAGUCUUACUGUAUAUAACUCCAGGUGAUGUUUCUAUAUUUAUAGCAGUGUUGAAACCCCAUGUGUUUUACAGAGAACCACCCUCUCCAAACCCCCCCUCCCUUUCCCACCCCGACAAAAGGUUUUCCAGAUCCUCAAGGUUCCUGGGGCGGGCGGAAACAGGCUCACGGGUUGUGUGUUGGCUGCAGCAGUCAUUCCGAUGAGCAGCUUUGGGGGGGAAUACAACAUUUAAAAAAAAAAAUCAUUAAAAAAAAAGAUUUAUAAAACAAUUAUUUAGGAUGUUUGUGAUUUGCCGACCUUGCUAUAGAUGCCAUGUUACCAAUGAUUUCCUGUGGUGGGGGCUUGUCAUUGUUUACUCUUUUAUUUACCAACUUCUGGCCUAGGCAUGACAGUGGGCAUCAUCCCCCAGCCCUGGCUGGGCCCAGCACCUGUGUUCUGUGUUAGAAAGGUGUUUUAUGUAUAUGUGUGUGUGUGUAUACACACACACACACACACACACACACACAUAUAUAUAUAUAUAAAAUUACAUAUAUAUAUAUAAAAAUACAUGUAAUUUGGGGGGCCCUGUUCCUUGCACAUUUUACAGUUACCUCAUUUUUCCCAUGUAUGUAUUUGAGAAAAUGCUAAUAUAUAGAGAAAAAAAAUGGUUCUUAAAGCUUAAAUGUGUGGUUUUUUCCAUUCCAUUGGAUUCACAUUGGUUUGUAGCAUUUAACAUAACUAGUAUGUUGUAUUAUAUAUAUGUGUAUACUGAUUGAAAUUUUUAACAGAUUUGUACUUUUUUUAAAAUGAAAGUUGCUAGUUCUGCUUGACCAAGUAGUGCAAUCAUUAUUUUUUUUAAUAUUGUUGCUGAUUUCAGAGGGAUAUUCACUAAUAAAUGUAUGAUGUAUAUCAAGUAUUGCCCAA